UGCUGGACAGUUUUUAAACUGUAGCGGUUUUUGCCGGCAUCUACAAGUUUUAUUAGAACAAGUUUUGUUAGCUGUGUAAUGUUUUAAUUUAGUAGCGUGUUAUUGUACAAAAGAAAAGAUUAUGCAUAGUGAUCUGAACUGUUAAAGAAAUGCAGAAAAGCCUUUAAAACUUUCUUUACAUUCUUGAAACGAAGUGUCUUCUUUAUCUGUGCCGGAACUAUUCAUAGAACAAGGUUAGCUCUUAAUAAACCGACAGAAUGACGGAUAUUUGCAAAGCAGAAAGCAAGGAAUUCCUGUAUAGAAGAAUAAUCAUGGCCAUCGCCUCGAGUAUAAUAGUACAGUUCUUCUUUAUGAGCUGUAUUAUACUUAUUACCAAUUUGAGCAUACUCCAUCCACUAACUUGGAUUCAAGACACUUGGAAAAUCAUCACAUGUUUCCGAACGUGGAGCUACUUCAUUAUCUUGGCUACAUUAAUAUUUCUCCAGGGGAUUAUAUGCAGCAAGAAUUAUUUGAACAAACCACUGUACCUCAAGAGUAGAUUUGUAAUAUUCUGCAACAUGUUAACACCUCACAAUCUACUGGUCGGUGGCUUGCAUAUACUGAUUGGUGGAGUCUUAGUGUGGCUACAUUUGUCAGUAGCAGGUGGAAAGUACAGUUCAUUAACAGCAGCGUGUCAGACCUUGGAUGGAUCCUGCUUAGUGGAAGAACAUUAUUUCUUAUUGCUUGGUGGCUUCUGGACAGGCUUAUAUUACUUCGCCAAGACAAAUUUUUUCAAUUUUCAAUAUUUACAGUUUCCAAUAAUUCCUCAAUCCAAGUUUUCAAAGAUGAAAAGAGGAGUUAUCAAAUCGUUACCAAGUGCUAUGCUUAGUGCAAUUUGGCUGACCUUAUAUUUUGCAGUAUUUUAUUACUUUCUGGGUGGAUACUGUCGUAAAGCAAUCCUGGCUAUAUUCUUUAUGUCACUGGAAACAUUACCCUUGGACCGACUAUCAGGAUUAUUUAAUGUCUCCUUACUCUUUCAUCUUUGGUUAUACGCAGCACUCUUUGUGAUCACAAUGAAUACUAUGCAUUUAUUAUUCCAAGCAUAUCUCACAGAAUGGGUACCUUUUGAUAUUGGUCAAUGCAGUGUUUUUAAAAAUGAAAGCAGUGGCCUUACUCUGCCAGAGAUUUUAACUAUGGAGAAAGUACCAAUAAUGCAGCACCUAGGAUACCUGGACUUAAUGACUCUUGCGCAGAAGGAUAAAAAUAGAAGAUCAGUAUUGUUUACUCUAAGCCAGCCUGGUGGGCAUCCUUACAAUUGGAAUUCAGUUGUAGAGAAAUGCUUAGCUCUUAUAAAAAAAUUCACAAAUGAUCUGAAUGAAGCAUGUUCUGCCAAAAAGGACCAACAACCUGCUGCAAUUUCACACAUGCAAGUAGCAGGAACACAUCUAUACGAAACUACAAAGCUGUAUCAUAUGCGAAAUUUAAUGACACCAAAGAUAUCCUCACCAAUUGCAACAGCACCUUCUACUACGCAACAAGCUGCACCUAAUGAACAAUUCAUUAUCCAAUUCUUUCAAAAUAAGAAACAGAGCUUCAUAAAAUAUUUAUUAUCGAAGCCAUUAAUAUUUUACAUCUUCGGUGAGCAGUCGGACAGUAAAGUUUCCUAUAUUCUAAAUAACAGUCAGCCAGUGAUUUGGGCUGCAGAAGCAAUCUCAUCUUUAUCUGCAAUAUCCCUCAAAGAAGAUCCUUAUGGAAUUGUGCAGAAAGACAUAUCCUCUAUAAUCGAAACACUAUUAGCUUUGAAACAAGCUCUUGAUAAACUACAAAAGACUGCAAUCUUAGUGAAAAAAUCACAAAAUGAAGAGAAAGUUACAAGGUUGACAGCGGCUUCGUUAAGAAGUGCUACAAAGCGCAGUAUAUACAGAAUUACAAAUGCAUUUAGAUAUUACAUUAAGGAUUUAGCUCUUGAGCAGGUUACACUAGAACAAUUACAGAGUUUUCUUAUGUAUAGAGAAUAAAUACAUGUAUUAAGUACUCAAUCAAAAAUGUCUAAUAUUCCUAAACACCUGGACAAAGACUUUGUUUAUUCCUAUACAAUGACUUUUCAUUUUCUGUUAUAUACGUUGCUACAAAAUAAUCAUUUUUUUUAUCUUUACCUCUGAAAAUUUUGAAGUAGAACAGGGCAACAUAAUUCAGAAUACAGUUAUUUACUACGUCAAUUAUAUGUAAUGUUACGUUAUUUUAUUUUUGUGAAACUGAAAUAAUAUGUCAAAACACAUAGAUCAUACAAAGAUAAUAAAAAGGGGAAAGAUUAAUUUGGAUUUGGUGCUACACUUGAAUUUUAUGUUUAAAAAAUAAGCUACGAGAAACAUUGAAAUCAGUAUACAUUACAGGUUCGAUGUAAGUGCGAAAUUAAACUAUUUUAACAGAAAGAACUGUUGUACGUUGUGCUUAGCAUAUAGAUAAUGUAAAAAUUAAAAAAUGUCAUUUGUAAUAAAAAUAUUAUUUUCCUAAUAAACUGUAUGUUAUAGUA